UUGUGCUUUAAGUGAAAGUUUACAAGUCAAGUCAGUCUUUCAUACAAAAAUUUAUAUAUGCCUUGCUGUACACUCCUUAUUGUUCUCCCCCUAAUGACACAGCACAUUCGUUCCCUCCACUCUCUUCAUGUCCAUUUGGGCAGCUUCUGGCCCUCUCUGCCCUCUCAUCUCUCCUCCAGACAGGAGAUGCCAACAUAGUCUCAUGUGUCUACUUGAUCCAAGAAGCUCAUUCUUCACCAGUAUCAUUUUCUAUCCCAUGUUCCAGUCCAAUCCCUGUUUGAAGAGUUGGCUUUGGGAAUGGUUCCUGUCUUCGGCUAACAGAAGGUCUGGGGGCCAUGACCUCUGGGGUCCUUCUAGUCCCAGUCUGACCAUUAAGAUUGGUCUUGUUUAACUUUUGAGAAAAUGCCAGACUGUUUCCUGAACCCUGCCUCUUCAGGACUCUGUACAUCACCAGAAGUAGGAAGAAAGAUGAGCACGUUCAAGGAAUCAAUGACGUUCAAGGAUGUGGCAGUUGUCUUCACCGAGGAGGAGCUGGGACUGUUGGACUCUGCCCAGAGGAAGCUGUACCAAGAUGUGAUGCUGGAGAACUUCAGGAACCUGGUCUCUGUGGGAGGCCAAAUCCAAAGCGAGAUGGAGACUGCUCCAGAUGCAAGACCACAUGACGAACUUUCCUGCUGGCAAAUCUGGCAACAAAGUACAAGUGACUUAACCAGGUGUCAAGGCCCUAUGAUAGAUAAUGCUUACUUCUACGAACAGAAUGAUUUGGCUUGCCAGGUUGGGGCAGGACUAUCUAUUAUGCACACGGAAGAGAAGCCUUAUCAGUGUAAUGAGUGUACAAAAACCUUCAGUGAUGUCUCCAGCUUUGAUCUUCAUCAGCGGCUACACUCGGGAGAGAAAUCUCACACAUGUAAUGAGUGUGGUGAAAGCUUCCGUUAUAGCUCAGUUCUUCAUAUUCAUCAGAAAGUACACAUGGGAGAGAAAUGCUGUAAGUGUCAUGAAUGUGAAAAGGAAUUCAAUCAGAACUCGUAUCAGCAAACUCAUCAAAAAGCCCACACUGUAGGUAAACCACACAAAUAUGAGGCAUGUGGGAAAGGCUUCCAUUCUAGAUAUGCACUUAAUGUUCAUUGCAAAGUCCACACAGGACAGAAACCUUACAAUUGUGAAGACUGUGGGAGGGCCUUCAUUUAUGCAUCGCAUCUUCGGGAACAUCAGAGAAUCCACACUGGGGAGAAACCUUUCAAGUGUGAUGAAUGUGGCGAGAGCUUUCGUCGUAGGUCAACACUUAAUAUCCAUUACAUGCUCCACACAGGAGAGAAACCAUACAAAUGUGCCGAAUGUGGGAAGGACUUCCGUCAGUCCGCUGGUCUUCGAACUCAUCAAAGAAUCCAUAGUGGUGAAAAGCCAUUCAUAUGUGAAGUGUGUGGGAAGAACUUUAUUCAGAGAUCACAUCUUCGAUCCCAUCUAGGAGUCCACACAACAGAGAGACCAUACAAAUGUGUUCUGUGUGGGAAGAGCUUUAUGAUGAAAUACAAUUAUGAAUUUCAUCUGGUAGUCCACACCGGAGAUAAACCCUAUAAAUGUGAAGUGUGUGGGAAGCGCUUUAGUCGCAGAGGAGAUUAUAAUAUACAUUGUAGAAUCCACACAGGAGUGAAACCCUAUAAUUGUGAGGAGUGUGGGAAGGACUUCAGCCGUAGAUCAGCACUUAAAGUUCAUUGCAGAGUGCACACAGGAGAGAAGCCUUAUAAUUGUGAGGAGUGUGGAAAGUGCUUCAUUCGUCGAUCAGAGCUUAACGUUCACUGCAAAGUCCACAAGGGAGAGAAACCUUAUAACUGUGAGGAAUGUGGCAGGGCCUUCAUUCAGGCUUCACGUUUCCGGGAGCAUCAGAGAAUCCACACUGGGGAGAGACCAUUCAAAUGUGAUACAUGUGGUAAAAACUUCCAUUUAAAAUCAACACUUUAUAAUCAUUGCAAAAUCCACACAGGAGAACAGCCAUACAAAUGUGAGGAGUGUGGGAAGGGCUUCAACUUUCCCUCGAAACUUUAUGUCCAUAAGAGCGUCCAUACAGGAGAGAAACCAUACAAUUGUGCAGAAUGUGGGAAGCACUUUAGUCGGGGUUCCUAUCUUAGGAAACAUCAGAGAGUUCAUAGUGGAGAAAAGCCACUCAAAUGGGAAGAUGGAAAGAGAUUUGGUCAGAAUUUACUCCUUCAGUCCCAUCAGAGGGUUCACACUGGAGAAAAGCUGUACAGAUAUGAAGAGGUUGAAUAGGGCUUCAAGUGGAACUUGAAUCAUGAUAAUCGUAAGAGGGUCCACAUGAGAGAAGAACCAUAUAAGUGUGGGGAAUGUGGUAAAUAAUUGUGCCUCAAAUUGUUGACUUUGUCAGUGUCCACAGUGGAGAGAAAUGAUACAAAUGUGAUACAGUUGGUAAGGUCUUCCAUUGUUCUUCAGAACUUCAGAGAAUUCACACUGGAGAGAAACCUUACAAAUGUGAGAUGUGUGGAUAGCACUUCCGGUUAAGAUCGUAUCUUCUAAGUCAUCAAAGAAUACAUCCAAAUUAAAAGCCAUUGCCGUCGAGUAUAUUCUGAUUCUUGGGAGACCCCAUGUGUUACAGAGCAGAAUUGUUCCAUAGGGCUUUCUUGGCUGUAAAGAGCCCUGGUGGCACAAUGGUUAAGUGCUUAGUUGUUAACCAAAAGGCCAACAGUUUGAACCCACCAGCCACUAAAUGGGAGAAAAGACCUGGUGAUUUGCUCCUGUAAAGAUUAUAGCCUAGAAAACCCUAUGGGCGGUUCUGCUCCAUCACAUAGAGUCACUGUGAGUGAGAAUCGACUUAGUAGCACACAACAGCAGUCUUUGUCAAAGCAGAUCAUUAGGCCUUUCUUCCGUGAUGCAGCUGGAUGGGUUUACACUGCUAACAUUGAGGUUAAAAGUUGAGUGCAAAGAAUUUGUGCCUCCCGGGAACCUAGAAAGAAUCCAUGGUGGUGAUAUAUUUUAUAUCAGUUAUGGGAGUGGCAAGAACUUCAAGAAUCCUCAGAGUAAAGAAGUCCUAUAAAAUGAUGUAUAAAAACUCAUGCGCAACUUGAAUUCUUAUAAUCACCAUGUCUCUUAGGUGGGAAAACAUGUUUUAUUAAAGUCAGUGUUUCAGCCAUAGCUCAGUACAUCCCAGUGAUCAAGAAACCUUGUAAGCGGUGCAGUAAGGGCUUCUCUCAGAACCUUGGCAGUUAUCACAUACAGGUAAUCCUGGACUUAGGACGUAUUCCAGUUAUGAUGAACCGCAUUUGCAAUGGUAAAACCAUCUGCUUUUUUUUUUUAAGUACAUUUCAUUCUUAGUAAUAUGUACUAUAUACAACGUUGCAGUACUGAUUUAUUAACGCUAUCAGUGUCAGUUCACUUGCAUAUGUUCAGUGAUUGGAUUUUUAAAGACACUUACGGACUGAAUUGUGCCCCCCAAAAUAUGUGUCAUAACCCAAAUCCUAACCUCUGCCUGUGGUUAAAAUCCCAUUUGAGAAUAAGUUUUCUUUUCUGCUAAUGAGGUAUUAUUAGUGUAGUGUGUGUCCUUAGUUAAUCUGUUACAUAAAAAGAGCAGAUUAGGCAAGUGAGAUUUGGAGUGGGGGGCAGGCAAUAGAUGCCAAUCACAUGAAGAUCCCCCAGGAGCAGAAACUCAGAGGGGUCUAGGACCUUCUUCCAGAGCUGACAGAGAGAGCCCCUAGAGCUGACAUCCUGAAUUCAGACUUCUGGUUUCCUACACUGUGAGAAGAUAAAUUUCUGUUUGUUAAAGCCACCCACUUGUGGUGUUUCUGUUAAAGCUGCACUAAAUAAGAAUUUGGUACCAGAUGUGGAGUACAGCUCUAACAGAUACCUAAAAUGUGGAAGUGGUAUUAGAAUUGGUAAUGGGUAGAGACUGGAAGAGUUUUAAGGUGUUUAAUAGUAAAAGCCUAUUAAGCCUAGAUUGCCUUGAAGAGACUGUUGGUAGAAUUAUGGACAUCAAAGGAAGUUCUGGCAAGGGCUCAGAAAAAAGUAAAUAGAGAUACAGAGAAGGUCUAUCAUAUUAGAGAAUACAUGUGGCUCUGUCAACAUGCUAGACAUGUGGCUGUUAAAUGUGCUUCUGGUGAGGCUUUCAAAGAAAAUGAUGAACACAGAUUGGACAGUUGAGGAAGGGUGAUGCUUUUUUUGCAGUGACAAAGAGCUUCUGUAGAUGAUGUUCAUAUGUUUGGUGGAAAGUAGAAAUUUUAAGUGAUGAACUUGGAUAUGUAGUUAACAUUUCCAACCAAGAUCUUAAAGGAGCCGCAUGGUUUCUCCUUGCUGUUUAUAGGAAAAUGUGAGAGGAAAGAGAUGGGUUUAAAAAUGAACAUGUGCAAAAAGAAAACAAAACUUAAAGAUUCUGUUGUACAAACGCUGAGGAUACAAACCCUAGAAUUUUCACCAUGGAAGUGGCUACACAGUCUUUUAUUAAGGUGAUUAAGCGUUUGAUGGAUCUAACCAACUACCACAGCAGAAGAUCCAUCAGUUCAGGCUGAAGGGGACAGAGAACAAAAAGAAAGAAUGCUGUCUGUCUCUUGGAAUUCAACAGGCAGGAAACAGGCCAAAGGAGCUAUAUCUAUUAUCCUCCAAGAAAAGAAAAGAACCAUACCUGGAGGAGCUUGUAGAUCUGAAUUGUUGGAAGGAGCAUGGGAAGCAGGGCCUUCUUAGUUUCAAUGGGUGGGGCCAUAGUCUCCUGAAUCUCAAAGGGUGAAGACACAGCCUCCUAGGUUUUGAAGAUUGAGAUCUUCACCAGCUCAGUUCAGGAAUGUGGGAUUUCUGUUAUGAUGUGCCAGCGGGCUGCGGUCACCACCCAGAGCUGAGGGGCAGGGCUGCCACGCCCAAGGGAUAGAAGAAGAGAGCCUGCCGGUGCCAAGGGGGUGUGGUUUCCACUCGGACUAGGAGAAUGGGGCCACCCAAAGCAGAGAAAUCAAAAGUGCCUUCCCAGUGAGCCUGGAAGGCAGAGUUGAAGGCCAGGGCUGAGGGGGGCCCCCCACCCAGAAUCCAGAGGGCAGGGUGAACACCUGGCGUCUGGAGGGCAGAGCCCCUUACCCAGAUGGUCUCGGAGAACAGAGGAUUCUGUUCAGAUCCUGAGAGCUAAAGUAAAUUGUUGUGCUGGGCUUUGGACUUGUUGCCAGUUAUCGCUUCUUUCCUUCCAGUUUCUUCAUUUGUAAAGGAAAUAGUAUACAAAGUAUACUUGUGCCUGUUCCACCGUUGUGUCAGAAACAGAUAACUUGUAGUCUAGAUAUCACAGGUUCACAGAUGAAGAGGAACUUUGCCCCAGGAUGGAAUUUGCCUAAUGUCUUACCUGUGUUUGAUUUAGACGAUUUAGAAGAUGAGAUUUUGGACUUGGAGUUGACUUGAGACUUUUGGGAUGAUGUGGUAGGAACCCUGGUGCCACGGCGGUUAAUAGCUUGGCUGCUAACCAAAAGGUCAGCAGUUCGAAUCCACCAGCGGCUUCCUGGAAACCCUGUGGGGAAGUUCUACUCUGUCCUGCAGGGUCACUAUGGGUUGGAAUCGGCUUGACAGCAAUAGGUUUGAUUUGGUGAUGGGGUAAAUGUGUUUUGCAUGUGGCAAGGACCUGAACUUUGGGAGAUCAAAGUGUGGAAUGUUAGGGAUUGAAUUGUGUUCCCCCAAAAUAUGUGUAUGGGUAAUGGGUGAUGCCUGUGGUUAUAAUCUCACAUGGGAAUGAGUUUUCCGUUCUGUUAAUGAGGCAGGAUUACCGUAGGGUGUAUCUUGAGUUAAACUCUUAAAAUAGAUAUAAAGAGCAGAUUAGGCUAGCAGAGAUGGGGGAAAGAGAGAUGCCAAGCCACAUGAGGGUCGCCGAGGAGCAGAAGGUCAGAAGAGACAAGGACCUUCCUCCAGAGCCGACAGAGAAAGCCUUCCCUUUGAGCUGGCAAUCAGAAUUUGGACUUCUAGCCUCCUAUACUCUGAGAAAAUAAAUUUCUCUUUGUUAAAAUCACCCACUUGUGGUGUUUCUGUUAUAGCAGCACUAGACAACUAAGGCAGAUUUUAGCCUCCUAUACUCUGAGAAAAUAAAUUUCUGUUUGUUAAAAUCACCCACUUGUGGUAUUUCUGUUACAGCAGCACUAGACAACUAAGAUGAUAAUAAAAGGCAAUAAUUAUGAAAACUAAAAAAAGUAUUUGACUUACAUCAGAACCAACUUACGAUGGGGUUGUCAGGGGCCCUGUCAUAAGUCAGGCGAUAGUACUUAGAAUAAGAGUUUGAUCAUGUCUUUAGAAAAGCAUAAUGAUAGGCAUCAGUAUCACUGUCCAGUAGGAUGUUAAUACGCAUGAGGAUAAGGCCUUUGUUAAUGAAUCUGUGCAACCUUAACAUUGGCUAGCGCUUUGUAGGUGUGCUGAAUACUUAACAUGUUAAAUGAGUUAAAAAGGCAUGAAUGCAAUAUUUGAAAAUUUUAUCCAGGAACACAGGAAAAAACAAAGUUAACUCAGGGAAGUGAACAUUGAAAUACAGAACACCACUUGUUAUUGCAGUCCACAAUAUUAUUUUGACAUUAACCUGAUGCAUUUGGCUCAUCUCUCCCAGCUACUCUUACAAGAUGGGUUAUUAUUGUUUGGGACCGUGUCUAGUAUUCUUUCAGUUACAUACAGUAUAAAGACUACCCUACAAGGAGACUUAAUUAGUGCCAGCCCCACAGGACUGCUCGUUAGUUGCUGUAAAGCCAAUUUCAACUCAUGGCGACCCCAUGUGUGCAGAAUAGAAUUGCUCCUAAAGACUACUAUAUUAUGUGAUUUUUCUGAUAUCAGACUGAAAAAGUUUUGUUAACCUUUCAUAAGUCAGACACUGCUUGUUAAACAUUUGAAUAGUUCCUUAACUAUGUUAAUACAGGGCUGUACUUUAACAAGUGUAAGAAGUGUUACUAAUGACAAAAAUUUUCUUAAUCUUGGAUUGACCACUAAUUUCUGAGUCUCUGUAUUUCCAUCAAGACUUUGAUACGAUUGGGUUCUAAUUGUUAUAUCACUUCUUUUAUAAAGUUUUUCCAGUAGGGGCUGUAUCGAAUUUGAAAAUUUCUUCAAAUUUGUUGUUGGGCGGAGUUACCAUUUACAAGGUUUCUCUGUUGGUGGCAGUGAAAGUAUAGUUAUUAUAUGGGAGUAUAUAUCAGAAUAUAUCAUUUGCAUAUCUGAUCUGGAAAUCAUAGGAUCAGAAUUUCUGAUUAAGAGAUUAAAUCACUGAAAACAGGAGUUUCCCAUCAAUGGUGUCCAUUAUUUUUUAAUGGAAUUAAAAGUGUUCAUUAAUAGGAAUUUGAGUUUUAAUGUAUUCCUGUGAUAAUAUGAAACCAUUAAAAUGAUGGUAUAAACAUGUGAUAACAUAAUAUGGAAUUGGGAAAUCAGCCUUCGUUACAUAGUCCAACUCAUAAUUAAUCUCUCUUUAUCUCUCUCUCCUGUCAUGGGUUGAAUUAUAUCCCCCCAAAAUAUCUAUCAACUUGGCUAGGCAAUGAUUCCCAGUAUUGUGUAAAUUAGCCACCAUUUUGUCAUCUGAUGUGAUUUUCUGUUGUGUUGUAAACCCUGUAUGAUGUGAUGAGAUGGGAUUAGUGGCAGUUACGUUAAUGAGGGAGGACUCAAUCUACAAGAUUAGGUUAUGCUUUAAGCUGGUCUUUUCUGAGAUAUAAAAGAGAAGUGAGCAGAGAGACAUGGGGACCUCACACCACCAAGAAACAAGAGCCAGGAGAAUAGCAUAUCCUUUGGCGUUCCUAGUCCAGGGGAAGAUUGAUGACAAGGACCUUCCUCCAGAGCUGACAGAGAGAAAACCUUCCCCUGGAGCUGAUGCCCUGGACUGUGAAAGAAUAAACUUAUUCUCUACUAGACUGUGAGAGAAUAAAAUUCUGUUUGUUGAAGCAAUCAAUUUGUGGUAUUUCUGUUACAGCAGACUGGAUAACCAAGACAUCUCCUCUCUCCCUUUCCCUUUCUGUGUGUGUACACAUGCAUAAGAUAAUGUGCAAUGGGAUGCUUAAUGGUUUUCUUUGCAAGCUGCGUUUUCUGGGAUUUUUCCACUUUAUAUUUCAAUAAAUUAUAUGUUUGAAUUUUUCAGUGAGCGUCAAUUUUACCAAAGCAGUAACUUACGUAAAAUAGCGUGAAAGAUUGAAUUGUGCUCCCCCAAAAUAUGUGUUGAAAACCCUAACCUCUAUGCCUGUGGUUAUAAUUCCAUUUAGGAAUUGGUUAUAUUUGUUAUGUUAAUCAGGCAGGAUUAGUGUAGGGUGUAUCUUGAGUCAAUCUCU